AUGGCAUCACGUAGAAGAACUACCGAGAAAAAGAGUCGUGGUCGUUUAAUUCAUGUCAGUGACUUUAUUACGGAUAUAAUUGCUACUAUAUCACAUGAAGCUCACGUAAUGAUCGAUUCAGAAAAAAUUAUGAUGGAUGUUUUUGCUUUUGACAGCAUUUAUCAACUGCCUUAG